CGGUGUGUUUGGAUGCAAAGUCAGCCCACAGACUGACAGCUCGUCGCUCCAAAUGUCACGUCUCUGUGGACGCGUAGUCUAUUUGAAUGCGUCGGACCUCCGGACAGCUGGAUGAGCAGCACCAACACGGAGCCCCAGGAGCGUUUUAGCUUUGUCGCCAAAAUUGGGUUACUGACCUGGAUGGUCCCUCUUUACUCGGAUGUAACCACACGCCCAUGCGACGGUAUCGGUGGAUCUAGCUGCCAGUGUCCAGGUUAGGUUACAGUAAAUGAUAAUUGUUUACGUAUUAAAGUCCGUCUGUUUGGGCGGAAGACGUCAGCUGGGACUGGAUACAACAUUUGCUCGCAUAAUAAAUACUCGUUUCUAUUAUUACUAAUGAUUUUACUAUUAUUAAUAUAAUUAUGCUAUAUUAUUAUUAUUAAGAUGGGGGGGUCGGUCUAUUUAUAAAGGAAUCAUGGAGCCUUCAUCGCCUAUAUCAGACAUCAGACAUAGCCUACUGUAGGCUAAUGCUGCAAUGCCUCCACGCAAACCUUCGAUGACAAUAUAUUUCCACCUCACUGCCGCCGUGUGAUGGUGUAUCUCUUUGCUAAAGAACUCGUGGACAUUUAAAACCCUUCGAUACAAGACUAUUGAUUGAUGAUCUGACACUGCCAUGCGUGCUCUCGGGGCAGCAGGGUGUACAUGCUGGCAUCCCUUUACUGUCUCCACUGAACAAGAGUCUCUUUUCUCACCGAGGACUCGUCACCAUCUCAGAUGUAGCCGAACAGAGGUGACUGAACCAGGCCGCUGCACAGAGACGGAGGCCGGUUUGUUGUGCUCGGACUCGGCCGGAUGCUGAACAUGGUGCCACUUUACAGCUCUGUAUUGAAAACCUGCCGCCGGCACUUGUUUCUGUAAUUUUCCCCAGCUGUCUUAAAAUGGACGGGCUCUUUUUGAUAAACGCUAUUCAUGGACGUUGAACUCGUGCAUUGUAGGAUCUAGCCUGGACCGGCUUGUCGGGAUGUAGGGCGAAUUUACGCGGAUAUUUACCAAACGCAGUUCAGAAGAGAAAACAGCCCGUGUUCAUGGAGAUGGAUGGCGGGGGAGGUGCAUCUACACUGGGCUGCAUGAGAAAUAACGAGGACCCUGGCUCAGAGGAUUUCUCUCAGUUCCAACACAGACUGCUGUCUUUAUUGGCAGCCUAAAUAGUCCAUAUUCCACACUAAGAUUAUUCCGAUUUUUUUUUUUUCUGAGUGUCUCUGUGGCCCUCAGAGUCAAGACACCAGUCCUCAAUGGGCUGAUAUUAACUUCAGGUUAUGUGUUUAUCAGAGCAAAAUAUUCAAAACUAUAAAUCAUGAACCUAGAACCGGUUUAAGUUCAGUUUGGAUGAACUCUGCUUAAUUGUAACAGCAAUGUAGGACAUUGUUAUUACGUGUAUAACUGUUUUAUUAAUAAUAAAUGCAGCAAUUGAGGGACCAGAAUUCCCCCACUCAUCAGGAAUCAGACUGAAGGCAUCUUUUUUGAAGGAUUUCAUCAGAUCUGCUGAUUCUAAGAUAAACAAAUACUUGCCUCUCCUGUGAGAGCCUGUGGCAGCUUUCCAAAAGACACAAUAGUGGAAACAGUCAAUUAGGUUUUGGGGAGGUUACACUCAUGGCGUGUCAUUGUUUGACCUGAUGUACAUUGUCCCUGAGUGAACUUGCCUUUGGGAAUACAUGUUACUUACACACUGCCUAGCAACAGCACAGCAGCAACCGGCAACAGGAUUUGGCACAGUUUCAACAGGGAGAUGUGGUGAUGGGGGAGAGCAGUUGCAGCUCUCUGAUCCUCUGAUCCCCUCUCCCCCCACUGGUGGUCGAGGACGCCUCGUCUCUGUCGAUGGGCCAUGUAUGGAUUUUGUGCUUGAGUUGACUGAAGGCCGGCCUACAGCGUGAAACAGCAGUCAGGCUGCCAUGAAACCAUACGGCAGAGCGAGCAGCACAGCAGCCCCCCUGUCCUGCACCAGCUGUGGGGGCUGCUGCUCACCGCCUCCCCCUAGCCUAAUCCCGCCGGGGCCCCCCUCAUCUGUUACCUCCUCCUCCUCCUCCUCCUCCAUGCCCCCGAACAUGACCCCGCCACCACCGAUGUGCCCUGCCCCGGUGGUGCAGGUGGAGAAUGGCAGCAGCUGGAACUCCUCCACCAUCUCCUCCUCUGGCUCCCCAGACUCCCACCCGGGUCACCGCUGUGGCGCCAACAACCCCAACCCCUACUGGACAGCAGUGUUCGACUACGAGGCCACGGCAGAUGAGGAGUUAACCCUGCGGCGCGGGGACCUCCUCGAGGUUCUCUCCAAAGACUCCAAAGUGUCCGGGGACGAGGGUUGGUGGACAGGCAAGAUCCAGGACAAGGUGGGUAUCUUUCCAUGUAACUACGUCACAAGGGGGGACGCCACCAACUACCAGCAGCUGACCGCAGGAGGGCUGGUGGCAGGCGGGGUGGGUGACUGCCCCUUGGAAAUAGACUUCUCAGAACUGCUCCUGGAUGAGGUGAUCGGAGCCGGUGGGUUUGGGAAGGUGUACAAAGGAUUAUGGAGGAGAGAGGAAGUAGCAGUGAAGGCCGCCAGGCAAGACCCUGACGAGGAUAUUAGUGCCACAGCAGAGAGCGUGCGGCAGGAGGCCCGGCUGUUCUGGAUGCUCCGGCACCCCAACAUAAUCUCUCUGCGUGGGGUCUGCCUGCGGGAGCCCAACCUGUGCUUGGUGAUGGAGUACGCCAGAGGUGGGGCUCUUAACCGAGCGCUCGCUGGAAAGAAGGUUCCACCGAGGGUUCUGGUGAACUGGGCGGUCCAGGUAGCCACUGGGAUGGACUAUCUGCACAACCAGGCAUUCGUACCGAUCAUCCACAGAGACCUCAAGUCCAGCAAUAUCCUUAUCCUGGAGCCGGCGGAGCGGGAGGACUUGGGUGGGAGAACCCUGAAGAUCACGGACUUCGGUCUGGCCAGAGAGUGGCACCAGACCACCAAGAUGAGUGCAGCGGGGACGUACGCCUGGAUGGCCCCGGAGGUCAUCAAACUCUCCCUCUUCUCCAAGAGCAGCGACGUGUGGAGUUUCGGUGUGUUACUGUGGGAGCUGCUGACCGGCGAGGUUCCCUACCGGGAGAUAGACGCACUGGCGGUCGCUUACGGCGUCGCCAUGAACAAGCUAACACUCCCCAUCCCCUCAACGUGCCCUGAACCCUUCACUCAGCUGCUGGGAGAGUGCUGGAGCCCAAACCCCCGCAGCCGGCCCUCCUUCACCAGCAUCCUAAGACGACUGCUGGCCAUCGAGCAGUCGGCCAUGUUUCAGAUGCCUCUGGAGUCUUUUCACUCCUUACAAGAAGACUGGAGGCUCGAGAUCCAGCAGAUGUUUGACGAGCUCAGGGCCAAAGAGAAGGAGCUGAGGUCAUGGGAGGAGGCGUUGGCUCGGGCAGCCGAGGAGCAGAGGGAGCAGGAGGAGCAGCUUAAGAGGAGAGAGCAGGAGCUGGCGGAGAGGGAGAUCGACAUCGUGGAGCGAGAGCUGAACAUCAUCAUCCACCAGAUGUACCAGGAGAAACCCAGCGUGAAGAAACGGAAAGGACACUUCAAGAAGAGCAGAUUACUGAAGCUGGGCCGAGACAGCAACUGUAUCAGUCUGCCCUCUGGCUUUGAGCAUAAGAUCACAGUUCAGGCGUCUCCCAGUGUGGACAAGAGGAAGACUCAGGGGAGCGAGAGCACCACCCCGCCUGCCAGCCCGGGGGUCAUACCCCGACUGAGAGCCAUCAGACUGACGCCGAGCGACGGCAGUAAGACGUGGGGUCGCAGUGCUGUGUGUAAGAAGGAGGACCUGUCGACCAGCAAGAAGAAGGGACGCACCUGGGGGCCGAGCUCCACCCUCCAGAAGGAGAGGGUGGGUGGGGAGGAAAAAUUGAAGUCACUGGGUGAGGGGUGCAAAGUUUGGUCGUCCAGUGCACCCAACCUGGGCAAAUCCCCCAAACAUGCACCCAUGACCGCCGGCUUCUCCAGCCUCAAUGAAAUGGAGGAGUGCUGUGAGUUUGAGGAGUCACCGGGGUCCCUGCUGCCCUCAGAGACCAGCAGUAACGGGGCCACGGAGGACUCGGGGUCCCUGUGGGUCAACCUGGGGCCAAACACGUUGCCUAAUGUUGGGAAUACAAGCUCCUGUCAGGGGCCCGGCGGGCUGGGGACGGGGGUGAGCUACCAGGACUCGCUCCGCCGCUGUAGCCAGAGGAAGAAGAGCGACAUGCUGCUGUUGGGUUGUGCAUCUCUGCUCGCGUCUGUUGGCCUCGGACAAGACCUGCUGCAGCUGGGAAAACUACAGGUGCUCCAGGAUGAGCAGGACCUCAGAGAGGAGCAGCGUAAGAAGAAGGAGGGCAUCUUCCAGCGGACGGGACGUUUCCGUCGCAGCACCUCUCCACCCAGCCGAAACCUCUCCCUCUCCCUCUCCAGACACCACGACUCUGCUCUGCCCUGCAUGGACCCGUCUCCCUCUGUCACGCUCCUCUCUCUGUCCUCUCUUUCCGACUGCAACUCCACCAAGUCCCUCCUUCCCUCCGACCCGGACGACUACCCUCUGACCCCGUCGACGGGGCUCAAAACUCCAGCGGCGCCACCGGCUCCUGCCCUCAACCCGCUAUUGGACCUGCGGGCGGAGAGCUUCAAGAAGGAGCCCAACCAGUCGCUCACGCCCACCCACGUGUCCGCAGCGAUGGCCCUGAACAGAGGACACAGACGGACCCCUUCGGACGGGGCGAUACGUCCCAGAGCUCAUACUCUGGGACACCACAGGACGCCGUCGGAUGGAAGCAUGCCCAUGCCUCCUCCACCGGGGGCACCACACUUCACUAAAAACAAAGGUACACAGGACACCCUGGACAUCCCGCGCCUACCCGACCCCUCCAUCAUCUUCCCGGUCCCCCAUCGGCGUAAAGCCCCCGCUCCACCGAUCCCUGACGCGGUCCCUCUCUGCCUCGUCAGCCCCCUUGAGAGACCCAAGACCCUGGAGUUUGCCCCCCGGCCUCGGCCCACCCCGGCCAGGAUGAGAGCCGACCCCUGGAAGCUGGGCUCCCUCUCCCGGACCCUCAGCUCGUCGCCGGGCAGCAGCUGCGACAGCCCCCUCGGCUCGGGGGACAGCAGCGCCAGCACCACGCGACCAAACCUGAUGGACAUGGACGUGGAGGGCCAGAGCUCGGACCAAACUGUCCCUCUGUGUGGACAGCGGAAGCUCGCCGCCCUGUGUGGACACGAGUACUCAUAGUGAAAAAAACAGCCAAGUCUACUUUUUCUGCAUUCAAACCCAUUCCAGGACUUUAGAACUUGGACUGAAUGCCGACUGAUGUCUGAGCCAAGCAAAGUGCACUCACUGAAGUUUGCAAAAAGAUCCCACAUGUCACGUUUAAGGCACUUACUGGAAGCCAUUACUCCCAUGUGUCCCUUUAGUGUCCUGUGUGAAACCCUGACAGCAAGUCUUUCCCUGAUAGAGCUCUGUAACCUGCACGACACUGAGGGUCCUAGAGGCCUUUUAAAAGCCUUGUAGUGUGCUCACCCACCUACCUUACCCAACGCCUCUCUCCCUCCUAGUAAGCCAUCUCCCCCUGCUUCUUAGUGCCCCCUUGACAAGGACACGCUCACAACCUUCAAAAGCCAUUCACGUACUUAAAAAAGCCACUUUGCUAACUUUUCAUUCCGACUCGUCUUCCUUUGCGUUUAGCCUCUCUGUGUAGCCGCCCACGUUCUGCUUGCUUCUCUCACUCCAAAGACAAAAAAUGUUCAUUCACAUUUAACCCUAAAUGUUUCAGGAGUGUUUCAUUCACAAAAAAACAGGAGCAGGACUGUUUAAAAAUUCUUAAUAGAGAGUGUCUUUGUUCUUAUUUUGCACACCACUUGUUCUGCCGGAGCACAAACAUCUUCCAUAAACUCUGCCUUCAUCCUCAAAUGUGUCAUCUCUCUGCAUGGGGGUCAUCGUCCUCUCCCCUCAAAGACUGAGACAGGAAAAAGCCUUUUUAUCUCACAGCACUGGUGGACCGGUGAUAUCCUCGUCUUGUACAGUUUAUUUUUUCUCAGUGCUGGCAACAUCCCAUUUGCAACCCGUUUGCAAAAUGUUUUUCUAUUGGUUUGGCAGACCAGGUGUGUUUCUCUCUGUGUGAAUGUGUAUAUAUUUAACUGUACAAGUGAGGAAGAACAAAAUGGGUUCUUUUGUUUGCGUGCUGGUGCUUCUUCAGUGCAUGUUGUUUUAGGUGUGAAUGGUUUUAGCUGUACGACGAUGUGCAGCACUUCUUCAAAAUAAGAUCUCAUCCGUUUGUCUUUUACACGUUUAACAUUCCUCACUCGCAGUCAGUAGCACUCUAUGUGGAUCGAGCUCAUGCCAUUGAAAUGGACACAGAAUAAGUGACCACUGAGGGAUUAUGCUACCAGAUUUCAACGUCAACCUCAUGUUGGACUGUUUGGCCCCUAGACAUUCUCCUCUGACUGGUUGUCUUCAACAUCAGUGGCACUUUAGGAGCCGUGUUGUGCAGCUGGUAAGCCUCUCUGUGGAUCAGUGGACUCUACUUACGGCUGACAAAUCAACUUUUAUCUGCAGUCAUUUUCGCCCAGUGGUCGAAAAUUUUGUCUUGGCUGCAGGUGGUAUUUUACUUGACAGUGCAAAUUUCUCUAUUUGAGUGUGUGUGUGUGUGUGUGUGUGUGUGUGUGUGUGUGUGCGAAUAUGCGUGUGUGUUCUUAUUUGUAUUGGAUGAUGACAAUCCCGUUGGUAGAAGAGUAAGCCCAAACUCGUUCUCCUUGUGUGGUUAAGAACACUGAGUAUUUAUUAAAUUUAUUGUUAUUAUUGAAAAGAUUCAUUGUUAUUACGAUGCUCUUCCUGGGAUAUCUGUAUAUAUUUGUUAAUAUAACAGGAAAAACCAAGGAAAAAAACCUGCUUACUGAAACGUCCAUGUUGUCUCCUGUCUCAACCUGUGACAUUUCUGGGUUCAAUGAGGAAUAAGUGUGAAACGUGAUGAAUGAGAGACGAAUAAAAAAACUA